AUGAAGCUGCUGUCCAAUGCGCGCUCUCGUAAUUCCAAGGUUCUACUUCCCCGCAUGAUAAUCGCAGAUCCUGACUUUCCCCGUGGGAAAGCCCUGCAGGUCAUGGCUUUCAAGCUCCGAGUCAUUUAUACUCUGCGUCUCGCAAAUCCUACGAUUUGCGUUGUCGCUUACCCUACUCCGGCUCAACCACAACAUGCCUUUAAGCGAGAAAUCCGUCGCCAUUGGAAACGAUUCUGGCUUCUCUACUGUAUUGGCAAUGUUAUUUUCCUAGCAAUUUUCCUUCCGAUUUUCUUCCUCGUCGUUAUCCCUGCGAUCGCGCAAUUGGUUGUCGACAAGUCCGAUCUCGUGCUUGUCAAUGCAGUGGUGAACCAACCGAAGCCAGAUUCCGUGAUCUUGACGUUGCAAACGAAAGUCGAUUUGAAGCUUGCGAUUCCGGCUCGGAUCGAGGACCUUCCAUUGUCUCUCUUUCAGCGCGCAUACGGUGUCAAGGAUGCCUACGCCUCUGUUACUCUCCCCGGCCAGACGAUUAAAGGUAACCACACUAUGGGCGUGACAGAUCAACACACGCCAUUGCAGAACAUGACGGCUUGGGAGGAAUUUGUGCACCAGGUCGUCUUUCAAGAGAAAACAUCCCUGGCAGUAGCGGGUGAGACCAACGCUUAUCUAGGGGUUCUGAAGUCUCACGUCCAUUUGAACAAGGACAUCGUCACACCAACGUUAAACAAGUUCAAUGGUUUCAGCAUUGCCGACGCCACCCUCAUCCUCCCUGCCGAAUCGGAUGGAACAAACCUCAUCGGUAACGCGACGCUCCCCAAUCCCUCAGUGAUCACCCUCGAGGUCGGUGUAAUCACCAUGGACAUCAAAGCCGGAGACCUGACCAUUGGAAACACAACACUAUCAGACGUGACGCUAGUGCCAGGCGAAAACGUCUUUCCCUUGCGAGGAACUCUCGAUCUGAAAACAGUGAUCAAAAAUCUAGCUGCCGUGCUCAAAGCAGAGGCCUCCGCAAUCAAGAACGGCAAUCUCAGUAUCAAUGCUGUGGCAACCUCGGUUGUCUGGAAUGGUACUUUGGUUCCGUAUUAUACAGACAUUCUCAAUGAGCUUACCCUGACAACGUCUAUCGGACUGGGCGCACUUUUGAAAAAUACCAUCAAUUAUCUCAAGUCGGAGGGAAAUCUGACGGAUAUUUUGAAGAAUGUGACUGGUGAUAUGAACUUGAGUUCUAUCACGACCCGGUCUCUUGAUGAGAAUUACCGUGGUCCUGUCGAUCUAUCUGGUUUCAUGAGGUCGAAUUUGCAUGUUAGGGACAUGUUCAAGGAUGUUGAUCCAGAUGAACGAGACUUGAUUAUCGACUCGUUAGCUUCGGUAUACCCUGAGAUCUAA